UUCGUUGAAAUUACAGAAGAGGCUUGCAGCCUCUGUUAUGCGAUGUGGUAAAAAGAAAGUCUGGUUGGACCCCAAUGAAAUCAAUGAAAUUGCAAAUACAAAUUCUCGACAAAGCAUCCGGAAGCUGAUUAAAGAUGGUCUUAUUAUUAAAAAACCCGUUGCCGUUCAUUCUAGAGCUAGAGUUCGUAAGAAUACUGAAGCUAGACGCAAAGGACGUCAUUGUGGUUUUGGUAAAAGAAAAGGUACAGCAAAUGCUCGUACACCUCAAAAAGAUCUAUGGAUCCAAAGAAUGAGAGUUCUUCGUAGACUUCUGAAAAAAUAUCGUGAAACAAAAAAAAUUGACAGACACCUGUAUCAUUCCCUAUAUAUGAAAGCUAAGGGUAACGUAUUCAAGAAUAAGAGAGUUUUGAUGGAAUUUAUUCAUAAAAAGAAAGCUGAGAAAGCAAGAGCAGAGAUGCUUUCGGAUCAAGCAGAAGCGCGUCGUACUAAAGUUAGAGAAGCGCGUAAACGCAGAGCAGAACGUAUUGCCACAAAGAAACAAGAAUUAUUGCAAUCUUAUCAACGUGAAGAUGAAGCCGCAGCAGCACAGAAAAAA